CACCGGACAAGCAUGGAGGAGAAGCCAAACCAUGAUUUUACGAGUAAGUGCUGCGUCUUUGCUGUUAUAUCCGGAUGGAAAAGGUUACUCUGAAUGUUUGCAGUCAAGUUUUAGAUUAAGGAUUGGUACUUUAUUUCUGGCAGAUACGCCGUCUACAAUUCUCAAUGUCAGGUGUUAGUUGGGGCAUUCCCUCUUGUUGCUGCAUCAUGAGCUGUUUAUUAUGUCAUCAUCUCUCUUAGUACAUGUCUGGAGUGGCUGACAGUAGUUUGACAUUAUCUCAGGGUUUUAAUACAUAGAUAGAAAUCAGACUUAUAAAAAGUGAUUUAAUUCUCAGAACUGUGUCCCUGUUCUCGACAUAGAAGUACUUCUCUGUGCUUUUCAACUGCAGGAAUAUCUGAACAUAAAAUAGAGGGUGCGAACUAGAUUAGUCAUGACCCUGCUUCAGGUCAUUUCACUGACUAUUUUUUUUGCCAUUUUCAGGUAUUUAUUAAUAAGAUAAGAUAAGACAUACCUUUAUUAUUCCCACAUGGCAAAAUCCCAAAAUUAAAUUAGCAUAAAUACAAAUACAAGGGAGAAAUUAAAGGAUAAAGAAACUUUGAGUUACUUAUUUCUUGAAAAGUAUGUUUUAAAAGAAAAUUGUAAGUCAGACUUAUCUGUAAAAUUGAUGUAUUUCUUUCUUUUACUUGCACAUGCACACAUGCCCUAUGAGUGCUGAAUUAUGUUGUGAAGUCUACUGCUAAUAAGACUGCUUUAUACUGCAGAGAGUAUCUUCUGGUUAAAAUAACACCCUAAGGCUCGUCGAUGUAGCUGGAGUUCAUGUUAUCCAAGCAGAAUAAAUCUUCCCAUCAUUAAGGAAAGCCUGAGAUUUUGAGCCUGAAAAUGAUCAACUAAUGAAGAGGGUGGAUGAUAUCCGUUUAAUGUUGUUCACAUCCAGACUGGACAGGACAGGACAGGGUUCACACAGUGUUUGUUAAAUGUUAAUGAUAAAUAUGUUUUCAUCUCAGCAGUUAAUAGUCAACAAGUCAGGACUCGCUGUUUUGAUCCCACGAGCUUUGAUUGGCUGAGGACUUCUGAGGAGAAUUUCAAUGCAUCUGUUUAAGUCUGGAGCUUGACUAUUGAUGUGUUUUCAUAGGUGACUGCUAUUCAGUUCUGACCUCCUCUGUUUUAGAUCACAAACAUGGACUUUAACAAAAGUGCUGUUAGAAUUUUGCUUUUUUUUUUUUUUUUUUUUUUGAAUAAAAUAAAUAGUUCAGUUCCUUUAUAAACUUAAUAAUCACUGCACGAGAUUGCCUUUUUCCAUGUCUUUGCACCUAAUCCUCUUUCAUGCUCUGUUUGUUUUCUCCACAGCUCAGGUGUCACAGCAAUAUCGUCUCUGGCUGAGGUUUGCUGAAUAAAGAUGCUCACGGACCUGGAGAGACGGGGCAGCACUCAAAUCAGAUGACUCAAGAGGAAAGAAGAAAAAAAGCCUGACCUCUAAUCUCAGGACCACAGCCUGGACAGUCUGCAUGAUGUGAAGCAUCAGGUUACGGGGGACAAAGACAAUUUAAAAACAUGGAGACACUGCUGUUUUGUGUCUGGAAUCUAUUUGUAGAUGAACCUUGGUCUCGUCAUGGGGUCAAAUGAACCAUAACAAUUGUGCUGAAGGCACCUGACUUCUGUCAGCAUACAAACACAGCAUAGAUGGUUUGUCCUUUCAAGACACAUCAGUGGGAACUACCAGCCUCUGAUAAUGUAGCUGCUACAGGUGACUUACAUGUGGCCUCUGAUUCAAGACAGUCCAACCACAGUCAGUAUGGAAGUGCAGACAACCUCUGUAGUGUGGAUAUAUAUUAACAGCACAGACCCACUGAACUCUUCUUAUGACUUCAACACCACCUUUCUGACUGAAGUCUCAAAUACACAAUCGUACAUAAUUGGUCUCUUCUUGUCCUGCCUGUACACCAUCCUCCUCUUUCCGAUUGGAUUUAUUGGUAACAUCUUAAUUCUUGUGGUGAACCUGAACCACAGAGAGAAGAUGACCAUCCCUGAUCUUUAUUUUGUUAACCUGGCUGUAGCUGACCUCAUCCUGGUGGCAGACUCCCUCAUCGAGGUCUUCAAUCUAAAUGAGAAAUACUAUGACUACGCUGUUCUCUGCACCUUCAUGUCUCUUUUCCUGCAGGUCAACAUGUACAGCAGCAUCUUCUUCCUCACCUGGAUGAGCUUUGACAGAUACGUUGCCUUAGCUAACUCCAUAAGCAGCAGCCCAUUGCGGACUAUGCAGCACGCCAAGCUUAGCUGCGGCCUCAUCUGGAUGGCGUCCAUCCUGGCCACGCUCCUCCCCUUCACCAUUGUGCAGACGCAACACAGGGGCGAGGUGCACUUCUGCUUCGCCAACGUCUUUGAGAUCCAGUGGCUGGAGGUAACCAUCGGCUUUUUGGUGCCCUUCUCCAUCAUCGGUCUGUGCUACUCUCUAAUUGGGCGAAUCCUCAUGAGGGCACAGAAGCACCGUGGACUGUGGCCACGGCGACAGAAAGCCUUGCGUAUGAUCGUGGUGGUGGUUCUGGUGUUCUUUAUCUGCUGGCUGCCGGAGAAUGUCUUCAUCAGCAUCCAGCUGCUGCAGGGCACGGCCAACCCAGCACAAAGAACUGCUACCACCCUGUGGCACGACUACCCACUCACGGGCCACAUUGUCAACUUGGCAGCUUUCUCCAACAGCUGCCUCAACCCCAUUAUCUACAGCUUUUUAGGAGAAACCUUCAGGGACAAGCUACGGCUCUUUAUAAAGCAGAAGGCCAGCUGGUCAGUGGUGAACCGCUUCUGCCACCACGGCCUUGAUUUACGCCUCUCUGUCAGGAACGACGUGUCAGAAGUGUGA